AGUAUCGCGCUGUUGCGGGACAACAAAAUGUAUUUGUUGAACGUUGGAUUGUUUAUGUAUUUGAAAACGGUGUUGAACUUUGGUGUUUAUAAUUUCUGCCUCAGUAGAGAAUAACAAAAUGUUAACAUGUUUUCUGUAGGAGAUAUAGUUUGGGCAAAAUCCUCUAUUCCUCGAGAGAUUUUCUGGCCAUCUAUGGUUGCUGAGUAUGAUGAUGAUAUGAAAACAGGCAAACGCAAAGGCGAAGUUGUUGCAUAUGUCAGGUUCUUGGCAGAAGACACGUAUGAAGCAAUAAGGAAAGCCUCAUGUGUAAAGAUUUUCAAUUGCCCAGAGAAAGUGAAGUUUCUUCAAAGAGGUCAAAGUUUGAAAAAUCAAGCAAAGAGGCUUCUCUUCCUUUCAGCUCUUAGAGAAGCAAAAGGGCAUCUGGGGAAAAAAAAUCUGAGUAAAAAACAAGAUAAAUUGAAUUCCAGGAGUUCGUUGUUUUUGUCCAAAAAUUCUUCACCAAUUAUAUCAUCAAGUAGUUGCAUGAAAUCUUCAAGUCCUACCAAAAUGAAUGAAACUAAUGGCCACAACCAUAUUAAUAUAGCCAAUACAACACCAAAAGCAUCAACUUCCGUAAAUAUUAAGAAGAAAAAGGGUGGAAGACCACCUGCACCAAAGAAGAGCAAGUCGCUGGAUGCUUCCUCCUGUGAUAAAAAACAUGAAACUUAUUCAGAUAUGAACAAAGAUAAGAAUUUGAUGAGUGAAACCUGUGGGGAAAACGUUGACAAUAGUGAAUGUACAAAACUUGUAUUAUCUUGUGAGAUAAGGUUACAGAACAGUUGUGCAGACUUUAAAGAUUCAAUUAUGUCAAGUGCAGUGACAAACAACAUGGCUGACCAUGAAAAUAUUGCUGAUGAGUCACUGGUGAAUUCGAAUGAAAUCAGUGAUGAGAAAAGCAGCUCUGAUGAUGAUGAUUUACUUCAACCAAUAAGCUUGACCCCAGCUGCUACUAAUCAGUUUUCACCCGGUGAUGUUGUUUGGGUCUCUUAUCGUAAAAGUCCAUUUUGGCCUGCAGAGGUUCUGAGAGCCGGUAAGAAGAAAAAUUACUAUUACAUAAAAUAUCUACCGAAAACCAAGAGCAAAGGCAUGCAAGUACCAAAAAACAAAAUGGUCUUGUUUUCGCAAUCUCAUGAAAUCUAUCAACAAUAUAGAAAUCAAGAAGUAGAUGAAAUUCAGAGGAAGGAAUUUGAAUUAGCAGUUGAAGAGGCUGAAACCAUAUUAACUAAAGUUUUUGAAAAAAAUGGAACACAACGAACAGAUGAAAUUGAAAAUGGCCAGGUUUCUCACGUCAGUGAAAAGAAUGAACCAAACGAAGAGCAAGAUAAUUCAGAUACAUCUAAGAGAAUGAGUGAAAAAGACAUAGAUCGGGCACAUUCCCCAGAACGUUCUCCUCACAAUUUGUUUGAUGGAAAUGGCAACGAUGAUUCAGACAUGGACGAUGAAACUGGUCAAUCGUAUAGGACAUGUUUGAGAAAACGAAAAAGGACAUGUCCAAAGUAUGCCAAUAUUUUGAACGAUAUGGAGCAUUUUUGUAAGCAAAGACUGCUUGACAUCUAUCAUGAAAAAGUAUAUUCUUGGCGCCACAGGAUCUUUAAAUAUGGAUCGACAACAGAACGGAAUAAUUUACAGAAAUCGUCGGGAUUUGGUCCCGUGAAAGAUGACGAGAUGUGUGAAAAGAUAACGAACCGAAUUAAGUUUUGGUACGACACUGAAACCAAAGAAAAGUCGAUUACAUUUGAUUAUGUUUGGGGUGUUUGGUUGCCUGAGGCUAUAAUCCAUUACAUACAGAUGAUCGAGAAGGAGUCACGUGAACGGGCCGAGGAGAUAUAUUCGGAUUACAGGCAACACACCGAUGACGAUGAUGUUGAAGAUGUCAAAAAUUAUUUAAAGAGAAAGAAAGUAGACGAGGCGACUAGAGAGGAGACCUUGCAAAGAGCGAAAAAUCUCCUGACUUAAAUGUUGUAUUUUUCAAUGAAUUGUCGUGAAAAGCAGACGUGUUACCUGCAUGAACAUUUGUAGGAUGAUUACAUUUGUAGGAUGAUAAGUCUCGGUCUGUUGAAAUAUUUGAUAACUUCUCAACCCUGCAAGUUGGCGCAACUCUCUUUGUGUAAUCAGCCUCUUCAUCUACCAAGGAUUGAAAUUUGUGCGUGGAAUGGAUUUUCAAAGAACUUUCGUCAUUUUUUAAAUCAAAAUUUCGCUGAAUGCGUGUGAUAACCUUUGUUAUCCGUAUUAAUAACCAUAUCUUAACCAAAAUUAUCCUGGAAAUUUUUUAGAAUGUGAAAGUGUAUGUCUUGAAUGUGGAAGAAUUAAAGAUAAUGAAGAUUUCCUGUAA